AUUGUGGGGUGGGGGGGGGGGUCGUAGUUGAAGGGACGAGGAAGAGGGGAGUGGAUAUACAGUAGUACUAAGCCGUGGACGGCUCCUGUAAAACACAAACAUAUCGACAGAGUCUACUGAGAAGAGUUCACCCGUUGUGGCCGUGCAUGAAGGGAGCGAAAGCAUGAUAUGUUUUCGUGUUAUUUAGCAAAGCGUGUCGCCGCCCGGGUCUCGUGUGUCUCUAUUGUGGCUUAGGGAAUGCGGACGUUGUUGGUGCAGCCGGUUCUUUGUUGAUCUUUGGGGGGGGAGGGGUUUUUUUUAGUGAUGAAAUUUUGAUUGCGUGUGCUCAGCUAUCAGCUAUCAGCGAGUAGACCAGACCACCCAUGGCUGCCGACAUCCCUCCUUUGUUUCAGGAGCUCGUCCUGGAUGAUGCGACGUCCUUCACAGGGAGAGGCACAGUCCGGGGCCCUUGUGGCACGAGGGGCAGGCGCCCUCAGAGCACACAGGGACCUCCUCUCUUCCCGUGGGGAACCCGAGUGUCAAGUAACCACCCGGGAAGUAGAGGAUUAGGUUACCAGCAUGGUACCGGAGGAUUAAGUCACCCUCAGGGCACGAGGUCAGUCAACCACCAGGGAACUGUAGGGUCAACUAACCACCAGGGAAGUAGGGGAUCGGGUCACCCGCAGGGCACGAGGUCAGUCAACCACCAGGGAACUGUAGGGUCAACUAACCACCAGGGAAGUAGGGGAUCGGGUCACCCGCAGGGCACGAGGUCAGUCAACCACCAGGGAACUGUAGGGUCAACUAACCACCAGGGAACUAGAGGGUCAGGUCACCCGCAGGGGACGAGAGGGGCAUGUUACCCUCACAAGACCAUAGGGUCAGGUAACUCCCAUGGCACUAGAGGAACAUGUCACUCCCGAGAAAUCCACGGAUCUUAUUCGAAGGACUUGCAUGAGUGUACCUACCCCCGGGGCACCCAGGGACCGAUUGGCAAUCGGGGCAAAACGCGGCAGUCGCACUCUCGGGGCUCGCAAGUCAAGAUUUGCUUCAGUGUGGCUCCCCAGGGCAGCUACACACACGGCAACCCUCACGGCAACGACGUCCGGCCACAGCAACCCCGGGGCCAGCGGGGAGACGGAGGCCACCGGCAGGGCAGCAGAGGCCAGGGCAGCGGAGAGCUGCCGAGAGAACCCCAAAGGCAUGGGGGUUCCAUGAUCCAGCAGAACCAUCAGACCCAGCACGGCGGUAAAAGUGGCGAAAGGGUUUACAAGAAGCUGUUGUUUCUGCUCCGAGGACCUCCGGGUUCUGGCAAGUCAACACUCGCAAGGGAGCUGCUGUCAGAAGGCCCAAAUGGAGUGGUCUUAAGCACUGACCAAUUCUUCUGUCGUAACGGACGCUACGAAUAUAAUGCGAGUCAACUGGAGGAAGCGCACACCUGGAACCAUCAACAAGCAGAAAAAGCGAUGAAGUUAGGAAAGUCGCCAGUGAUCAUCGACAACACGAAUCUGAAUUUUUGGGAGAUGAAACCCUAUGUUCUUGCGGCUCUUGAACAUACGUACAAAGUUAUUUUCAAGGAACCAAAAACACAGUGGCUCUUGAACGCCAAUCAACUUGCAAGACGAAACACGCAUGGUGUCACUGUGGAGAAAAUUAAGCGCAUGCUCUUACGGUUUGAACGCCCAGCUUCCAUAGAUAAAGUACUCAAUUCAUAAUAGUCCAUACAUACAUUUCCAAAUGUGAUUAACAUAUAAAUAACUGCUAUGCUGUCAACAUACAAAAACAUAUUUUGGAGGUGAAUAAAAAAACCUCGUGCUUGGGUUUUAUGUAAAAGGAGGGAACCCACCAUUUAUUUUAGCAACAAGUUGAAAACAGUGAUUGUACCGAGAUGAAAUCAACAAUGUCUAAAAAUGUUCUGAAAACUAUAAAUAUUAGUUUAAACAGGCAGCCCUUUGUGCAGUUUUAUACAUUUGUCAAGCACUAACAUUUUAAUGAAAGCGCAUUUAUAAUCAGUUACACAGUAUGACUUGUCCUACAAAUUAACAAUUAUUGUGACCUUCAGGUAGCUAUGUUUAUCAAAGACGUAUUUCUCAACAGUAAAAAUAUAUAUAACUGAUACUUUCCCAUUUUGUAAUGGACCGUUUUGUCUUGGAAUAACUAUCGACAUUCGAGUUUAUGUCCAAAAUCAACAAAAGCUAUUUGUGGCCUUAUAGUGUUUGAAAAUAUAUUUUACCCACAAAAUCAUAUACAAGUUAAUGCUAUUGUGCUUUUUAAAGUUUAUAACACGAGCUAAGAAUGUCAUACAUUGCAGCUUUAAAAAUGCCUGCAAAUUUUAUUAAAUGUGCAUUUGUGUGUUUUUUAUCAGGUUUAUUCAAUCUAUCAGAUAAUAGUACUUACAUUUUCUGAAUUAUGUUAAAGCUGUCAACUGUUGGCAAUCAAAUAUGCAUAUUUGGUUCUGUAGACUUUUUUACAUGUUAUAUUGGUUUAAUGUCAAUCUUUCUACAUGUUUAGGUAUUUUUAAAAAUCAAAACAUGUAAUUUUAAUCACAACAUUGAAUACAUUUUCCAGUUAUAUUUUGUAAAUCGUUUAACUUAUAAAAGAGAAACUAUACGUGUCUUUGGUGGGUGUGUUUGCGAACAUGUGUGAGCGUAUGUCUAUGUCGGACAUCUCCAGAGUCCGAUAGACAUAUAAGGAAGUAGAUGUUGCAAUGGAAUUAUGAGAAGAAGAAAGGAAGAUCAGCCUUUAAGACGAUGUGAAAAUUUCAAUAGAAUUUUACAUGAAAGAUGGUCAAGGUCUUGAAAUAUGCAAAGCAUCUGAUGAAAUAGCAAUCAACCCUAAAUUGAGGAUGACAUGAGAAAAAUAAUAAUAUAUUUAAAUAUAAUCUGAAAAGGUAUUAGACAAUGUAAAAAUGGUUAAAAUAAAAUAUUUAUCCCCUUUUAUUGCAAUUUGUAUCAUAUCAAACAUAAGUGUGAAGCAAAACUAUUACAGGUCCCUGCCCAGUUGUAGACUAUUCAUCUUUCAAGCAUUAGAAAUAUUCGAUAACCACUACACUGUGAAAAGCAAUCAAUAUACGGGCAAUUCUGUUCCUGAGACCAGUUCGUAAGGUGAAACAAUGUCUUGUAUUUAAAUGCACAAACGGUCAGUGUACUAAAAUGUGUUACAGUUCAACACAAGGGAAGCAUAAUGAAUAUUGCACAAUUAAACCUAAUACAUACUGUAUAGCAAACAAAACAUAAAAUAAAGUAGCAAAAUAAAACGACUACACUGCAGAACGUGCUUGACAAACCUGUGAAGUUGCAACAUACUUCACUGGCAUGGGCCUAAGCCAACAAUGAUGAAUCAUGAAAUCAUCACGUUUAUGAAGGCACAUUUUACAUCCACUUCAUAUAAAACACGAACAUUUAUUUGGUUAUACGUAAAAUGUUUCCGCCCGGUUUCAAACCGGGGACCUUUCGCGUGUUAGGCAAACGUGAUAACCACUACACUACGGAAUCUGUUUGUCAAAUUUGUGAAGUUGCAACAUACUUUACUGCAUAGGCCUAUGCCAACAAUGAGGAAUCAUGAAAUCAUCAUCUUCAUGAGGGCACAUUUUACGUGCACUUUAAAUAAAACAGGAUUUUUUUUUGGUUAUACUUAAAAUGUUUCCACCCGGUUUCAAACCAGGAAUCUUUUGCGUGUUAGGCGAACAUGAUAACCACUACACUACAUAAACUUCUUGCAACACCUGUGAAGUUGCAACAUACUUCACUGGCAUAGGCCUAUGCCAACAAUGAAGAAUCAUGAAUUCAUCAUCUUCAUGAAAGCACAUUUUACGUCCAAUUUAAAUAAAAUGCGAUUUUUUUUUGGUUAUACGUAAAAUGUUUUCACCCGGUUUCAAACCAGGAACCUUUCACGUGUUAGGCGAACGUGAUAACCACUACACUACGGAAACUGCGUGUCCAAUUUGUAAAGUUGCAACAUACUUCACUGGCAUAGGCCUAUACCAACAAUAAAGAAUCAUGAAAUCAUCAUCUUCAUGAGGGAACAUUUUACGUGCACUUUAAAUAAAACAGGAUUUUUUUUGGUUACAGUAAAAUGUUUCCACCCGGUUUCAAACCAGGGACCUUUCGCGUGUUAGGCGAACAUGAUAACCAUUAUACUACGGAAACUGCUUGAAGAACAUGUAACGUAGCAACAUAUGUCACAGAAAAAAGUCGAAACGAACAAUGACACAUAAUUAAAUCAUCAAGUUCAUGAAGGCAUAUGUUACCUCCACUUUAAAUAAAAUACAAAUUGUUUUGGUUUUAGAUAAAAUGUUUCCACCCAGUUUCAAACCAAGGACCUGUCGCGUGUUAGGCGAACAUGAAAACCACUACACCACAGAAACUGCUUGAAAAAACAUGAGUAGUUGCAACAUACUUCACUGGCAUAGGCCUAUGCCAACAAUGAAGAAUCAUGAAAUCAUCAUCUUCACCAGCACACAUUUUACGUGCACUUUAAAUAAAUCAGGAUUUUUUUGGUUAUAUUUAAAAUGUUUCCACCCGGUUUCAAACCAGGAACCUUUCACAUGUUAGGCUAACGUGAUAACCACUACAAUACGGAAACUGCAUGAAGAACAUGUAACGUAGCAACAUAUUUCACUGGAAUAGGCCUAUGCCAACAAUGAAGAAUCAUGAAAUCAUCAUCUUCAUGAGGGCAUAUUUUACGUCCACUUUAAAUAAAAUAAAAUUGUUUUGGUUUUACGUAAAAUGUUUCCGCCCGGUUUCGAACCAGGGACCUUUCAGCGUGUGAGGCGAACGUGAUAACCACUACACUACGGAAACUGUUUGCCAAAUGCGUGAAGUUGCAACACACUUCACUGGUAUAGGCCUAUGCCAACAAUGAAGAAUCAUGAAUUCAUUAUCUUCAUGAAAGCACAUUUUACGUCCAAUU